AUGAAGCUGACCUGCAUGUUCUCCUUCACCCUGCUCUUCGGAGCCGCUGGGCUCGUCCUCUUCAUUCACCUGCAAGACCUCUCUGAAAUAGUGCAGCAGCAGAUACCAGGGUGGGUUGGUCCCUCCGGCGCUUCCAGGGAGGAACCGCGAACCGGCGACACAGGACCCCAUCGGGAUGACUGGGGCGACUGCAGCGACGGCCGGGGACCAGGUGGCUGCAGCAGCAGGCAGAGAUCUUCACCUGGGGACUGGCGCAGCGAUGUCCAGUCACCCAGGGGGAGCAAAGCAGCGAACAGGGGGAGCACAAGCGACAUCUGGGUGCUUGGGGAGAGAGGAGUAGGGAAGAGCUGUGGCCGAUGGUGCAGACUCCUAGGCUCCAGGUCUAGCCCAGGGAGGGCUAGGCAGCAAGGGGCAAGGUGCUGGAGACAGCUGGGUUUUUCGUGCCUGCUCCCAUUUCUGGAGCAGCAGCAGCUUCAGCUCGGAUCCAAAUUGAAUUUAAAAGCAGGACAGACUACAAGAAAGGACUUGUGCACCUACAACAGUACCUUUGGAAAAACAGAGGAGAGCGAAUCAGUGCAAAGGCCAAACCAGGAUUCAUUAUCUGGCGCAGUCUCACCAAUGCAGUUUCCUGCUUUUGACAGAACACAAAACCCAAAGCCACACAGCUCCAGAGAACUGGAAGGGAAUGUCCCGGACGUCCGCACUGUGGGAAUCACAAAGAGACAGAGGCAGCUCUUGCUUAAAAACACACCCUAUUUCAAAGCUCUCAAUAGCUCCACCGUGGCCACAUCUGUGCAAGGAGACACAAAGUGGGAUAAACUGUACAAGACUCAGGAGGAAAGGAAACGGCUCAUCAGAGAUGUCUGUGCCAAAUACAAAAGCAACAGUAAGAAGACUAUCACGCCCCACCACGUCUCCAGGAUCUUUGUGGAGGACAAGCACAAACUGUUAUACUGUGAGGUUCCUAAAACGGGCUGCUCCAACUGGAAGAGGGUUUUGAUGGUCCUGGAGGGGUUUGCAUCCUCGGUGAAGGACAUCCAGCACAACACAGUGCACAAUGGGAAUCACCUGAGGAGGCUGGAUAGUUUCGACAAGCAGGGAAUCCACAAGAGACUCCACACCUACACUAAGGUACUUUUUGUCCGAGAGCCAUUCGAGAGGCUGGUGUCAGCUUUUCGGGACAAGUUCGAGCAUCCUAACAGUUACUACCACCCCGUCUUCGGGAAGCCCAUAAUUUCGAAGUACCGGGUCAAUGCCUCCAGGGCGGCGCUAAGAACAGGUUCUGGCGUGACCUUCAAAGAAUUUCUGCAGUACCUGCUUGAUGUGCACAAGCCUGUGGGGAUGGACAUUCACUGGGACCACGUCAACAGGCUGUGCAGCCCCUGCCUCAUCGAUUAUGACUUCAUAGGCAAGUCUGAAAGCAUGAGGGAGGACGCUAACUUCUUGCUUCACCUGACUGACGCCCCAAAGAAUUUGACUUUCCCCACCUUCAAAGACCGGCACUCCAAUGAGGAAAGGACAACUACUAAAAUCACCAAGCAGUAUUUUGCACAGAUAGCACCUUCUGAAAGGCAAAGAGCCUAUGAUUUCUAUUACAUGGACUAUCUAAUGUUUAAUUACUCAAAGCCUUUUAAAGAUUUAUAUUAA